CCACAUUUCAAGUGCCGCCUGAUGGAAUGCGACCAGGAUUAAAGUCUAACUUCGCCUUAGAUUUAUCGCCAGCUACAUACUAAACAAUAACUCCUUGCUCCCUAAGUUUUUGCGUGUCGGCACUAAGCAGCUAUAUUUCUCGUCUCGACUCAUCCAGCUGCUUGUGUCAACAAAAAUGCCUGAACCAGUUCCGCGGAUAGCGAUUAAAUUUGGUACAUCGUCAUCCUCGAAGUCUGCCAACGGAGCUAAGAAACAAACACAUUCCCAGCCGCCAUCGACGCUAGGCAAACGUCAGCGACCACACGUUCUCAGUCAUGAUUCCGAUUCCGGGAGCGACGACGAAGCUCGCCAUGAAGUAAUCACAACUAUCGGUGAUGAAGUAUCUGAGUCUGAAGCUAAGAGGCGAAAUCUGAAGACAGACAAACUAGGACGCGCCAGCGCACCUUACGUGAUAACCGGCCACGAAAACCGUGACUGGAAGGCAGAGUUAAAAGACCAGAAGAGCACCAAGGACGGGUUAUCAUCAAGACGGGCGGGAUUUGGCGACUCUGCAGAGAGGGAUCCGGCCGACCAGGACAAGCAAAUCAAAUGGGGUCUUACCGUAACGAGGAAAUUAGUACAAGGCGAUACUGACAAUUCAGAUGGGAACCCGUCAAGAGACGAAGAGUAUAUAACAACCGGCCCUAGAGUAGCUCACCCCAGUGAUGAACCUGAAGUUCCUACGAACGAAGAUACCGAUGCCAUAGAUGCUCUGUUGGGCAAGAAACGAAAAUUUACAAAAGACCUUGUUAUCGAAGGCAAAUCGAGACAAAGUACGCCUACCACGCUUUCGGAACAAGAUGCUUACCGCCGUAGGAUGGAAGAAGCUGCAGAGGUGUCGACUAUAGACGAGUAUGAUCAGAUACCUGAGGGCGAAUUUGGAGCGGCCAUGCUACGUGGAAUGGGUUGGAACGGCGAGGAGCGCGGUGCAAAGCCGAAAGAAGUUAAAAAGCGGCCAAAUCUGAUGGGACUUGGUUCUAAGGAGGACGAAGAGAUUAGGAAGGGAGAGUUGGCCCGAAAACACGGGCAUCGUGAACGCAGACCCCGUCUUAAUGAGUAUAGGAGGGACAAAGAAAAGGAGAAACGAGACCGUGAUGAUCGCCGUGGUGAUAGCUACAAGUCCGAACGCGAACGCGAACGCGAGCGACGAGAUUACAGCCAUAGCCAUCAUCGUGAUCGAGACCGGGAUAACCAUAGACACUCCGAGCGCAGUUAUAGGCGCUGAAAGAGCUAGCUAAUGCCCGGCCAGUUCGACCGAAGGGAAUACCAACGGCUUCUUAGCGCACUACGUUAUAGACUGCAUAAAGUCGCCUCAUUCCUAUAUCUACAAUACGACUUCCCAUUAUUGGUGAAUGUUGGAUUUCUUAGGCUGUGUCUAUUAAUGCACAGAACACAACAUCACACACGGGACUUGUCACUCGAGAUGAGAUAUUUGCCGAAUGAGUUCCGUCGACUAAGGCCGUUGGUGACCCGAUCAUCAUUUGAACAUCGUUGAGACUAGGAGUGUUGAGCUGUUCAUAAUACCAGCUUCCGCCAAAUUGGUGCUCAACACAUCAACGGGGCUCUUCCGGGACCUACAACCAAUUUCUGGUAUAGUCAAAGCGGAAUCACAC